AUGGCUAUGUUUCUUUCGCCCCUGCUGCCGUUGUUGGCACUAACCGCCUUCUUUGGUACCAUAUACUACGUAUGGUACCGUGUCUUCUCCUAUCAAGGUAUUCCAGACAGUCUGGCUUUCGCAACCUCGGAUGGUUCUUUUCUAUCCCGAGGCCGGGCUUCCCUGCGGUCAGUCUUUGGCGUCGAUGCUCUCCUCUGGGCCGGACAUCGAGACUUCUCCAAGAAGGGGCGCCCAUAUAUUCUCCCUGAUGUCUUCACGGGACACCAGGUCAUCAUACCAUCAGAGCAUCUGCCAUGGUUGAUGAAGCAGCCAGCAAGCGUGCUCAGCCAACGCGAGAGCAACAACGAGUUCCUCGCAGCCAAACACACCUUUCUCAACUGCGUCGCCGCCGAGGACAGCGAAUGGACCUUCGUCGUGAACCUCAUCAAGGACAUCACCAAGGAGCUCAACAACAAGACCAACGACGUCCUCGAGGAGAUCCAAGCCGCCCUCGAGGACCUCUGGGGCAACGACACGCAGAACUGGAAGGAGGUCGAUCUCCUCGACGUGUGCCUGGUGAUGAUGAGCCGCAUCGUCAGCCGCGUGUACGUCGGACUGCCGCUCUGCCGGGACCCGGCCUACCUCGCCAGCUCGACCCGCUUCGCCAAGUUCAUCCUCGUCGAGGCGCUUCUCGCGCAGCUCACACCGAACCCCCUCCGGCCUCUCCUCGGACCCCUGCUCGCGCAGUACGACUGGAUCCAGUUCAAGCGUAUGGACCGCUGCGUGAACCCCGUCAUUCGCGAGCGGGCCAGCCGAUCCAGCCCCAUGGCCAUGGCCGAGGGUAAGCAGGACCCCGAUGCAGAGAAUGACCUCCUGUCGCGCCUCAUGCGGGAGGGUUACCGCCGCAACGAGGACCCGUGCCGCUCCCAGAGCCACAGCACCAAGCUGCUGGCCAUUCUCAACUGGGCGGCUAUCCAGGUCCAGGGCAUCACCAUCGAGAACACCCUGAUCGACAUUGCCCAUGCGCCCAACAGCGCCGAAAUCCAGAACCAGCUGCGCGAGGAAGCCGCGGCGGCCGACGGCGCCGAGUCGUCGGUGCGCUGGACCCGGUCGGAGGUGGCGAAGCUGCCUAAGAUGGACAGUGUGCUCACCGAGAGCCUGCGCCUGUGGGGGUUCGCGCACGGGGUCAUCAAGGUCGUCGUAGCCAAGGAGGGCGUCGACCUCCCGACGGGCGAGCACAUCCCCUACGGCGCCAAGGUCGGCAUCGGCAGCUAUGGCGUCCACCACGACGAAGAAGUAUACCCAGGAGAGUCGCCGUUCAAGUACGACCCGUUCCGAUUCGUGGACGAGAAGGACGGGGAGAAGACGACGACGGGUCUCAGGUUCGCGUCGACGAACGAGAACUACUUGGCUUUCAGCCAUGGCAAGUUUUCUUGUGCUGGUCGGUUCUUUGCCAAUCAUCUGCUCAAGUUGCUCUUGUCGCAGAUCGUGCUCCGGUACGAUAUCAAGCCCGACACGAAGCCUCGGCCGCAGAAUCCUCCGUCGUCCAACCUCGAGGUAUCUACUACAGGAAGCAUCGCGAAUGGUUACAGUCUGCCUUUCGAAAGGGAGCGUCUACUCGCCAGUUCGCUAGCUUUCCUGUCAUCUAUCAGCGACGGUCCACAUCAUAUCCCUGCCAUUGGCAUCGAGGAGGCUCCGAAGGCUGGGCACUUGAGCGUGCUGAUUGCCGUGAACAAGGCCUCUCCAGAUGAUGGGGAACACAUACUUCAAGAGUUGAAGAAGGGUUUUGAGGGUAUCUUCUCUCUCGUCAGUAAUGCGGAUGACAAUUCAGCCGAUGUCGAGGGGGAGGUUUUCAAGGCCAUUGUAUCCAUGCGUUCAGUUCGUAUACUAUGCCGCCUUCGCCUUUCCCAGAACUACCACAACCAAAAGAAGCAAUCUAUCUCAGAAGCUCUCCAGAUAGCAAUAGCGCAUCUCAAGCAGAUCAAGAAGGAUGAUCUGAGAGACGAUCUGUGCAUUUCCGAUGCGGUCUCCUUUGUGGGCAAGGCCAAGGAGGUCGUGAACCUCUUCGAUUCAUGGUCUAAGCAUCAAACACACCGAGAAUUGGAAGAGCUCGUGGACAGCAUUCACGCGCUUCGACGGGUGGGCAGUAUUGGCGCACUUCUCGAUCUGAUACCCAACGCCGUAAUGGUCCCAUCCUCGAGGCACAACCUCAGGAACACCAUCAAGAAGGUAGCACGGUAUCGCGAAGCUGCCAGAGUAUUGUAUCGCACGGCAAAGAAGUUUCCGGCGGCUCGAGCAAUGAGCAUACACCUGGUAGAAUUGCCGAAGGAGUCAUUCGACAGAGUAUUGAUCGGGGAUCACCGGUCGAGUCUUCAAUCCAUAGUGUCACAACUUUGGGGCUUGAGACCCGACCAGAAGGACCUGUCGCGUAUCUGUGGCCUUAUGGGAACGACAGAAGAACAUGCGAACAAACGAAUCGCAGCUCAAACACAGCGCACUUUGAGGGAAGGCAAGAUCCACGCCGAGGUCCAGCUCAUUUAUUACCUUGAGCUGAAGAAGAGCGACACUCAGCUGCGACCUCGUGUCGUCUGCUCAAGCAAGGACGCUUGCUGGUUAUGCAAUGCUUUCAUCCUUUCGUACGGCAAGAUAUACAUGCCAAGAUCGCAUGGAAGACUGUAUCCUGGAUGGCGGCUGCCACUGCUUCCGGGGCCUCAGUUCGAUGGAAUAUGGGCGAAUUUCAACCUUCGACUCAGGAACCAAGUAGAAGAGAGUCUGAGAAGUUUCUCAGAAAGACGAAAGAAGACCAAUUAUCCUGACCCGAAUGAGAGUACCGUCUCCACGCGACGCUGGUCGAACUCGACUCUACCGGAUAUGGUCACAUCCGAAACGGUCCCCGGUAUGGAUGAGGAAAAGGGAACUCCUGCUACGAAUGACACAGGGGGCACCAAGCUCCCCUGUGCGGAAGAGAAGCAGUUAUAUGAGACUUCGGAGAAGGGAACCGCAGGAAGCCCAGAGGUUUCUGCUGCUGCAGUGGAAGCCGACAACAAUACCGCGUUGUCGAAUACUUCAGACCUCUCUUCGUCCGGGAGACCCCUCUCGAGCAACCCGACACACGACCAGGCUAUGACCGCAUUCCAUGAGCUCAUACGCGGAGAGUCCUCACCUCUUCAGUUGGUAGGGGCCUUGGAAAUCCAAGUAGAGUAUGCUGGUAGCCCAGAUGCGAAGAUGCCGAACGUCCAUCAGAAGAGGAUCCACUGCGAAGUGGAAAGACUCACUGACCAAGAGAUAACUACGCUACAAGAAGAAGCGAAGGUUGCCUUUGUCUAUGUAGAGGCACUGGAAGGCGAUGUAUCUCAUGGGACGGAUGGGGAUGGGUGUAUCUAUAUCGCUGCUCGGGGAACUGUGGUUCGAAUAUCGACGCGGCCGUUGGUCGCUCGCCAUGAAGGAUGA